CCUCACUGAUCGGUCCCCGCGAUCACCAUGGAACGAUCCCAGUACAAGACUGUUACGACCAAACGUGGUCUCAAAUACAGCUACGCGUCCAUUCCCGCUGAAGGCACCCCGAGGGACACCCUCCUCUUCGUACAUGGCUUCCCCUCAACUUCGUACGACUGGCGGAACCAGGUCGACUCCUUCAAGAAGGCGGGCUUCGCACUGAUCGUCCCCGAUUUGCUGGGAACGGGCGAGACGGAUAAGCCGACGGACGCUGCGCUGUUCAAGUUCAGUGCGAUGGCGGCCGAUGUCGUUGAUAUCCUUGACGCUGAGAACGUGGGCGAGGUCAUUGUGAUUGGUCACGACUGGGGUAGUGUUCUGGCGUCGCGCCUUGCGAGCUACUAUCCGGAGCGCUUCAAGGCAUACGCCUUCUUCGCUGUAGGGUACUCCCCAACGUCUGCCGAUUUCGAUUAUGAGGCGGUUCUGGCGUUGAUCAAACAGUUUAUCGGAUAUGAGACGUACGGAUACUGGCAGUUCUUCUGCGAGGAUGGCGCCGACAAGGUCAUCGAGGACCAUUUGGAGUCGUUCGUCAGCCUGCUGUAUCCGUCUGACCCUGCAAUAUGGAAGACGGACAUGGGCCCCCGAGGGACAGCGAAGGCGUGGCUGCUGAGCGACAAGAAGACGCCUUUGCCGUCUUACCUCCGUGACGAGGUGAAGAUACUCUGGUAUCUCCCCGCCAUAUGUUGCUCACCCUUGUACCAGGACGUGAAGCACAUCACCGAUCUCAUCAAGAAAUAUGGAAUCCGCUCUUCCCUCAAUUGGUACAAGAGCUACAUCGAUGGGAUAGCUGAGGAAGACAAAGGUAUACCAGCAGCGAAUCAGACCAUCACCAAACCGGUGUUGUACGGCGCCUGCCAGAAGGAUUUUGUGUGCACCCCCGGGCUGUUUGUUCCUACGAUGCAAAAGGUUUGCACCAACUUGACGAUCAAAGAAUACGACACCGGGCACUGGGUCCAGUUGGAGGCGACGGAGAAGGUCAACGCUGACCUCCUGGAGUGGAUCGACGGAUUCACGGAGAAAGUGUGAAACGAGCACAGCGGUUGACAUCGCUCUUAUCGUGGUCAAAUUUCAUUACGAACGAAGUAAGCUGUUAUCAAUGCAGUUGUCUGUAGCUUCGCCGCACAGUCAAUCACGUCGAGCGGCCCCCGGCCUGCCCAUUGUGGUGAGCGCGACUUCAUCCCUG